GAUGUGGUGUACAACGCCUCUAACAAUGAGCUGGUGAGAACCAAGACCCUGGUCAAGAACUGUGUGGUCCUUGUUGACAGCACUCCUUACAGACAGUGGUAUGAGUCUCACUACGCCAUUCCACUUGGAAGGAAGAAGGGUGCCAAGCUGACUCCUGAGGAAGAGGAGAAUCUGAACAAGAAGAGGUCGAAAAAGGUCCAGAAGAAGCUUAAUGACCGCCGAAAGAACAGCAAGAUCAGUCCUCUAUUGGAGGAGCAGUUCCAGCAAGGAAAGCUUCUUGCCUGCAUUGCUUCCAGACCGGGACAGUGUGGUAGGGCUGAUGGCUAUGUCCUUGAAGGCAAAGAACUGGAGUUCUGAGAAAGAUGAAAGGCAAAUAGAUGUACAGCUCACUUUUAUACGACCAUUAAAGAAAAUACCCCAACUUGGCAGGUGUCACUGCAGGUCCAAGAUGACACAAAUGCAAAAGUUAAUGAGAGCACAUGUAAAACAGCAGUACCGCAUGAGCAAGAGUGCUGGAUGGACUUACGUCGGCACGGCUGUAAGACGUCCUCCAGCAAACACCAAGAUUGGACCUCGUCGCAUCCACACAGUAAGGGUCCGUGGUGGAAACAAGAAAUACCGUGCUUUGAGGCUUGAUGUGGGCAACUUCUCAUGGGGCUCAGAAUGUUGUACUCGCAAGACCAGGAUCAUCGAUGUGGUGUACAACGCCUCUAACAAUGAGCUGGUGAGAACCAAGACCCUGGUCAAGAACUGUGUGGUCUUUGUGGACAGCACUCCUUACAGACCGUGGUAUGAGUCUCACUACGCCAUUCCACUUGGAAGGAAGAAGGGUGCCAAGCUGACUCCUGAGGAAGAGGAGAAUCUGAACAAGAAGAGGUCGAAAAAGGUCCAGAAGAAGCUUAAUGACCGCCGAAAGAACAGCAAGAUCAGUCCUCUAUUGGAGGAGCAGUUCCAGCAAGGAAAGCUUCUUGCCUGCAUUGCCUCCAGACCGGGACAGUGUGGUAGGGCUGAUGGCUAUGUCCUUGAAGGCAAAGAACUGGAGUUCUGCAGGGUUCCCAUGCAUCCUAUACUUGUGUACAUUUUAUUUCACCUGAAAAUAAAUCCUGAUUAUUAAUUGUAAAUGUUUGUUUAAUAAACUAGUUUCCCAUGGUCAUUGAAAAGCUGUUAGGGAAUUUUGUGAUUUCCAGGCCUGAAAAUGUGUAUGAAACUGGUAGUUUCUAGUUAUUCUCAGUUCUAUGUGUAGCCUUUCUUUUGUUUUUUGUUUUUAACAAACUUUGUUUUUUAUUAUUGAUAGGAUUCAUUGAACUGAGCUUAUAUCGGGCUUGUGCGGGGCAUUCCCUGCAUUAAAAUAAUAAAUCAGUUAUGUAACAAGCUAAUAAUCACUUGCUUGAUCUAAACAAAAUAGGUGUCAUUUUAAAAUUUAGAAUCUGGACUUUACAAUGCAUACAGCUGAUCCUGCCAAUUCUUAAUACUUAAUUUGCUGAUGAAUUAGAACUUUGUUCUCAUAAUUGGCUAAUUUAUCACAACAUGUAUGUUCAGAGUUGGUAAAAACAAAGUUGGGAUAACCAUGUGAUAUAUUUUGUUGGCAAUGUCUCAAUUAGUAAAAUCCAAUGAGCAAAUUUGUUUCUCUCAGAGGCCAAACUGCACUGAGUAUUAGUGUAUGAAAUUCCCACCGACACAUAAAUAUAAUAAACAGCAGUGUCUUUUUGUCA